UACGCCAAGGACCAUAACACAUUUAAUUUUAAUUCUUUUGAUUGAGACAAAAACAAAAGGUUAUGCACAACUUAAUGACCUAUUUCAUUACUUCAAUUUAAAUGUAAAAUAGCAGUUUCAUUGACAAAUGAUGUAUACAAUUAAAAUCAGUGUGUGUAUAUUCAGUAUCAGAUAAUCAAGUAAUGUUUGAAUUAAAAGAGAUCAUGGAUAAAAAACUUUUAUUAAUAUAUUCACAUUUGGUUACAAUGCUAGUGUUACUUUUACUAUCUUUUCAGGAGGUGCCACACCAUCUGGUUGACAUUUUGCAUCCAUCUGAAGAUUAUUCUGUUGGAAAAUUCUUUGAGGAUGCAAGGCAAGCUACAAAAAAUAUCCUUGACAAGGGCCGUGUUCCGAUUGUUUCAGGGGGUACAGGAUUGUAUUUACGGUGGUUUGUUUACGGGAAACCAAAUGUUCCAAUAGCCUCUAGAGAGAUAGUAUCUGAAGUCCAUACAGAGAUCGGGAAUUUACAGAGAGAUGAGAACUGGGAUGCUGCUGUUGAGUUGGUGGUUAAAGCCGGAGAUCCAGGGGUUAAGUCUUUAGCUGCAAAUGACUGGUAUCGCUUACGUCGCAGACUUGAAAUUAUCAAAUCUAGUGGGUUAUCUCCAUCCGCUUUUGAAGUACCAUAUACUUCUUUCAAAGAACAGUGUGAAUCAGUAGCAGCAGAUGCGUCUGACUAUAGCUGUUCUGCCGAUGGACUUCAACAGAUUAAAGCAAAGGACUUGGACUAUGAUUUCCUUUGCAUAUUUCUUACCACCCAAAGGCUAGAUCUCUACAGAUCAAUUGAUUUUCGAUGUGAAGAUAUGCUCUUAGAAGAUGGAAUUCUCUCCGAGGCUAGGUGGCUUCUUGAUUUAGGCCUUCUUCCAAAUUCAAAUUCUGCAACUCGAGCUAUUGGCUACCGACAUGCUAUGGAAUAUCUCUUGUACUGCAGAGAACAACAGGGUUCUAGUUCUCCGGGUGAUUUUUUUGCCUUUCUUUCUGAAUUCCAGAAAGCAUCCAGAAAUUUUGCCAAAAGGCAACUCACAUGGUUCCGUAACGAACCACUUUAUCACUGGAUUGAUGCGUCAAAACCAAUGGAAAGUGUGCUUAGCUUCAUUUAUGACGCGUUUCACAGUGACUUUGGGCAUCUGAAGGUUCCCCAUUAUCUUUCUAUAGAGAAAGAAAUGUCAGGCCGGCAUGAAGUUGCAAAAAUGAAGGCCUAUCGUCCUAAAAACAAGCAUUUCGUCGGCCGUGAAGAUUGCACCCCUGUUCUGAACUGGAUUCACAACACGUACCGAUCAGCACCAAGAAGCGCAUCUAUAUCUUGAACUGCUCCUGUUAGUUAUGGCUUAUAGGGUAUGAGUGUCGAUUGCUCGUGUGCUCAUCCAGUGGUUAUGGAGAGCUGUGGAAACAAGCAGCUUCAGGACAAGCCAAUAUUGAUCUAAUCAACAGUUUUCACCUGCACUGAUUUUUUUAGUGUAGAAGAUUAAUGGUUUUUUUUAUUAAAAAUAAGCUUGCCAACGAGUGUAAAUGCUUGCAGAUGCAAUGGUUUUUUUUUCCUAGCAGGAAGAUAAUUU